AUGGGGAGAGGACCACCGUGUUGCGAAAAACAAGUGGACGAUGAGAAAAACGUGGAGUAUCACAAUUUAGAAGAGCUGGAGGGAAGAAAAAAAAUGAAUGUUCAAGGAAAAAACAAAAAGGGGAAUACGUACUACAAUAAUAAGAAGGAAUACAUCGAGAAGGUAAAGCGGUUGAAGGAAAAAAAAUAUUUUGGAAAUAAAACGAUAGGAAAUAGGUACAGCUAUAUAUACCUAAUAAACCAAAUAUUCGGAUCAGGAAUUGUGUCUAUCCCAUAUGUGUUUAAAAGUUCGGGAUGGCUACCUUGUCUAAUCACAAACAUUUUCAUAUGCAUCUUAACCAUUUUUAACACCUUACUUUUUCUACGCGCGAUGACCAUGAUCCCGAAUAAUAUCCAUUUUAAUAAGAGAUACGAGUACAUCUCCACAGUGUGUUACUUCUUGGGGAAGAACAACAUAUUCUUUUGGCUGAUGCAGAUGUGCUACUACGCGAGCAUCUUGGCAAGCAACAUCAUAUCGAUAGUCAUAGUUUCCCACGCAAUGGAUUACAUAAUAAUAAAUACCGUGGGCUACACCGUAGGUAACAUCUGCUCUGAAAAAAUGGCUUUCAUUUUGGGAACCAUUUUCCCCUUUUUAAUUUCCUGGUUUUUUACCUCCAGGGCUAUUUUCGAAAAUGUCUUCACGUGGUCCAGCUUAAUUUUCUCCUAUGCCUGUAAUUUUAUCACCCCAUCUAUUAUAUAUCUCAUAGCUUGUAAGAACAUCCCCUACUCUGGGAAGAAUCCCCUUCACCAUAUUCUUGUACUCUACGACCCGAAGGAGCACAAAAGAAGAAAGAAACCCAUUUAUGGUUUUUAUUACCCACGGGAUGCUGGCAGGGGGAAGAAAGAGACGAGUUGGAACUCCUACAAAGUAUGCAGCGAAGACAAACCAAAGAGUUAUGCAGCACAAUAUGAUGCACGAAGCAUAUUGGAUACUCCCCCGAAGAACUCCCCGAAUGAAGAGCGAAAAUGCUUACUCCCGCUACCGCAUAGCCAGAUGAGCUACCUCCAUUUGGGGGGGACCAAAAAUAACGCUUCCAAUGUAGAGGGAACAUAUCGAGGGGAGGGCAACCCAACAUGUGACAAGGUGGUGCAUUUAAGCGGCUCCCAUGUGAGUGCCCCAUAUGGAACAGAUGCGAAACCGCCGAUGGUCUACACAGAGGAAGAGAGAAAUAACCAAGUGGUCGCACAUCAGGGGAAUUUUCCGUACGAACUCCUCCCUCUCGGCGCGGAGGAACCAAUGCGGAUACCCCCCAGGGACGACUUCGUAGUGGCAAUAAAAGCACAGCCUGGAGAAAACGCAUCUAAUGGGGAAGAGCACGCACAGAUGCAAACAAAAAAAAGCAUCUCGUUGCAUGUGGACAGCCACCCCGCACCGGAAACUACAGAUAGUACAUAUAUCUUAGCGGGUAGAGGGAUCCCCCCAGAAGUGGACGAACCGCUGCCGCAAAAUGAGCAGCGUUACCCCAGCAAAGAAGAAGACGAGAAAAGGAGAAAAAAUUCAAACGAAUUCCAUCGUCGAAGGAAAAACAACACGGAGUCAUUCGAAUUUCGCAAGUGUAGCUCCCUCUUUAAUAUGAAGGCAAACAACAUAAAUAAGAACAACCCUAAGGCGAAGCAAAAGCUACCAAGCAACGUUAGGAAAUCGAGGAAGCACAAAACGGUGAUGGGGUUUGAAAAGAAAAAUAAAAGAAAUAAAAGAAUUUCUAUAAAAAAUGAGCAACAUGAAUGCUCCGACUAUUCAGACAUCACCGAUAGUGAACUUUUAAAUGAUAAAAUAAUAGCAGACAUGUCAAGAGACAUUUACAACGAUAUAAGAAUAAUCAAAAAUAACUAUAAAAGGGAUGAGUACUUGAUUAAAUAUUCGGACAUUUUUGACUCCUUUUUGAAUUUGAAACUGAUGCUGGAGGGUACCUCCGACGGGAAAAACGCUUGCGAUGUGUGCGAUAUGUGCGAUUUUCUAGACGUGUGUAACGUGCGUGAUUUUUACAAUUUUGACAACUCCGGAAAGGGACUCUCGCUGGAGCUUACCGCGCCAAAUGAAGGGGAUCCCCCCCCCAGCAGUUUAACGGUAACUCCCCACGCGUAUACUUAUGAUGUUCGUAAUGCAAGGGGGGAAGCUCUGACGUGUAGGGAUCUUCCAACUGGGGAGCAGCAAAUGUCAGAUGUGGAAAAGGGGAAAUACUGGACGAAUGAUAAGCCCUUUCGAGGAAAAACAACGACGGUGAAUUAUAAAAUAAGAGAAGAAGACAAGGAAAACGAUUCGUACGAACGAGUUGGAACAAGAACUACGAAAGUGGACACUAAACCAAGAGGAGAUAAUAGCCCCGAUGGGGAAGAAAUGAAAGAAGUACAAAUUGACAUGCCCUCAAAUGAUAUAUAUGAAGGAAAAUUAAGUAAUGAUUUAAAAAACGAUUUUCAUGUAUUCAUUAACGGAAUAAGUAAUAAGCAAAAUUUAACCUGGGCAUUUGAUGGAAAUAAAAAUGAAGGAAGACAAAAUGCUUUGCCAAAUGGUAACAUCCAUGUGAAUGUAUCCAACGUGGAAAAACCUUUCCAUUCAAAUGAUCCUAUAAGUCCCUCCUCUUCCUUUAGAAAAUCCAAAAGUGAUAUUUAUUCUUACUCCCUCAAUUUAUGUAAAAAUGGACAUGACAUGGACGAUUAUGUGGAUGAAAUAAAUGGCAUGAUCCUUUUGAAGAAGUUACAUUCUCGGAAGAACUGCCCCAGUAAGCGCAAAACGAGUGAAGAAAGUAUGCAUAAUACCUUUUUGCAAACCAAAAGUGUUGACAAUUAUGCAAGCAGCAAAUUCUUAUCUUUUCCCAGUGACGAAAAGGUGCAUGUGCAUUUCGAACAGAUAAAUGAAUUGGAGGGAACCAAAGAAAUGGGAGAAAAAAACGCAACUGAAGAUUCACAAAAAAAUUUUGAAACAAAUCAGCAAAUAGUUACCCCCCUGGGGAACACAAAUUACUCCCAAGUUGACGAUACACCUCAGUGCAGCAACAUGAACAAGUAUGAAACUUUUCCCAAUUUAGUACACAACAGAAAAAGAAUUCCAUCAAAAAAUGAGGAUCAGGAGGGAUAUGCAGACAAACAAAAUUUCCAAUCAAAGGACAGAAUCUUGUACUUCCUAAAUUCAUUCAAUCGAAAAAGUAAAAUGUACAAAGAUGUGAACACACUAUCCGUGCCGGACAAUGUAUACAAUGUGAUUCCAAAAAUUAAUAAAGGAAAUGGCCACAGCAACCUCGAUGACACCAUAAACAAUAUAUUCAACUAUUACAAGUACAACUUUUUGCUCUCCUUCAGUGAGAAGAAUAAGAAAAGGGGGACCUUUAGCAAAUAUAAAUAUGCUAGAAAUGCCCACUGGGUGCACAACCACACCAAGAUGGACAGAGAAGGAGGAAGUGACCGAAGUGAUCGUGGCCGAAGUGAUCAUGACCGAAACGAUCGUGACCGUGAAUUCCAAAAUGAGGGCUGCGAUAGGAUGUACGCGCAAAGCAUCCAAGAGCGAAACACAAAUUCGUCCAACCACACAAAUGAAGAUGUUGUCUCCUACAGCGACAACAACGUGGGGGAAAAUAUGCCAAAAAAAACGUUCGCCACUCCUAAUUCUAAGUUAAACUAUUUGAAAAAAUUUGAUUCUGAUGAGAAGACGGAGCCAUUACUUAUGGCUCACCAGAAGGAAAACUACUACGACGAAUUGCCAACAAUUAAUUUAAUUUGUCCAGAGAAACCUUUGCAUGGGUAUGAGGAUGCUUACCAGAUAGAUGACUACGUCAAUGGGAAAAUUAAUGAAAAUAUUAUCCAUGUCUACCCCUCUAGGUACCUACGAAUCAAGCAUGUAAAAAUUACUGAGGUGCUCCUAUUCGUUGCGGUGCUCCUGCUGCUCAUUUCAGUGUUGUAUGAUUUUUCUUACUGA